CUCAUCUCUGUUUGGCCCUGACCUCCAAGACCCUGCAUAACUGCUUUCACGUCCAGGUGGCAGUUGCUGCUUGUUCUCUGGCGUCACAAUUUCCGUUUUGUUUCCGAGUUUCUUCUUUUGUCUUUUCUGAUAUUACGACCGUUGAUACCCCUCCACAAAGUCACAAUGUCUCCUGCGAUAUUCGAUUCUCACCGGAGAACCCCCUCUGGUCAAGAGACCGAACGUCGGAAAUCUGGAAGCGGUUUUCUUUUCCUCAACAACCGAUUCAAGAGAGCCCCUACUACAAAAACCACCAACGAAAAUGCCAUAUCUACUCCUCCUACUCCCACCUUUGGGCCCGUCAAGGAUGGCUACUUCAUGAAGAGGUCCGACUCGGCUCGCAGCAUCCCUUCUCUGCUCCAGCCAAACGACGGCGAUGCCGAGAUAACACGACCCAUGACCGCGAUGCCUGGCAAGGAGAAGGGUUUUCUUGACACCAAGGAGCCUGCUGUUCCCUCCGUCGACGGGGAAAUCGCAAAUUCCGGAGCCGAGAAGGACGCAGCGUCUGCCCCUGGUGCCUCUGUUACAAACGGGGCCGAGCACGCCAAGUCCAAGGCUGUGUCCGUGGCAGAGACUGCCCAGACCGCGGAGGAUGACGCUGAUGACUCGUCUUCAGAGGAUGAAGACGACGACAAGAACGAAACCCAGGCCCAAGAGACCCAGGGGGCCCAGCUUGCAACUCGCGUUGCGGUUGUGCCUCCGCGUCCCGCAACCCCUGAGGCCGACAAAAGGAUUUCCUACCACGAGGAUGCCGACCUUCACAUUAAGGUUCGCGAUGUGAACGGUGCCGUCGUCGUUUACUCUGUCCGCUCUGCCGCCCUCGCUUCUGCUUCCCGCGUCUGGAAGGGGUUGCUCGCCGAAAACACGGCCGCUGUCAUUGAGCUGCAGUCCACCGCGGACACCGCUCAUGGACUUGAUGUGCUCUUUUCCCUCGCACAUUACAAAUUCCACGAACUGCCUACCAUGCCGAAUGUCGGCGACCUUUACGACAUUGCCCUGGCUUCUGACAAGUAUGCCGCCACCCACCUGCUUGUCCCUUUCAUGAGAGACUGGGUUGUCGCCUUGAACCGCCAUGUCCUCAUGGCUGGAGCCCGCAACGACGAGGACAAGACCCUCGUUCUUAGCUGGGUAUUCGGUGAGGCUCGUUGGUUUAGCCGCGUCCUGGCCAAGGCGGCUUACAAGUCGCGCGUCGGUGCUGACGGCAAACUGCUCGACUCCAGAGGCCGUCCCUGGAAUGAGCAGCCCAUCUCGGACGAUGUCAUCAACAUGCUGGCUGCUACUCGUGCCGAGGCCGUUGACAAGAUCAUCAAAGCUGUCAGCAACCCUGUUCACCGUCUCCUCAACCCCUCUUGUUACCCUGGUGAAGAGAUUCGCUACUGCCAUGCCGGUACUGAUGACGGAACCUCCGAGGACUGCGAGCAGCUUCUCCUCGGGUCCGCCAUAAUGGGCUUGACCAAGGUCAAGCUUUGGCCGCCCCCCGAGCCUACAAAGAUCAAGGUCAGCGCCGUCGACCUCGCUAGAGCGUACGGCGAGGUCCGCAUCCGUCGUUACCAGAUCCCUGGUCUGCGUUUCAGGGAUAGCACAGCUGACGGCGCGACGGUUGAGGACCCUCACGCCAAGUGCGGUUUCGGUCACCGCGAGGUGAUUGAGAAGAUUCUCAACACCCCUGCCAAGAUGGCUUCCGGCGUCGUCGGCCAGCUCAUCACCAGAGCCAAGAAGUCCGGUGCGUUUGAUGAGGAGCUUUUCGCGGAUUUGAAGGAGUACGUGCAGGAUGGCGGAGCUGCAGUUGAGGGCGACGACUUGAAGAGCGAUCCCGUUCACUACAAGCAGGUCCGUGUCAGGACUAACGGUGUUGUUGAGAACAAGACCCCCGCCGAUGGUGAGUUUCCUUGUGCACAAAUUUCCAGAUUAUUGGCCAAUAAGCCGUCUGUUUGCUAACAUCAACUAGAUGAUGAUGAGGAUGAGGAUGAUUCCAGCUCCGAGAGCGAUGACGAGUAACUUUGAGGACCGCAACUUCCAUCUACAGAGAUUGCUUAUGAGAAGUUCACGUAUUACGGUUUUGUCCAUGAUGUCACCAAGCACGAUUCAUUAUGAUGAAAUACCCUUAUAAUGUGCCUAGAUUUCCUUAUAUAUGUUUCAUUUGUUGAAUAGAUAUGAAAGGCUUCUCAUAACUUCCCAACCUGUUACCUUCACUAUCAAUUAGGACAGUAUCCACCUACGACGAAUGAAAUCUAUUAUCACAUACAUCGU